CCAUUUUGUAUUGUCUACAACGUUUGAUAAAUAUUUUGCUUAAUUAUUAUUUUUUUUUUGUUUCUGUUGAUAGAACCGAAUUUUUUACUGAAAAUAAAACAAUGGCAAAUUCGCCUGAUACAUGUGUUGAUAUUGAAUUAUUUCAAGAUGAUUUUCAUCUUAUCGAUCGUGAAUUUAUACGAAAAAUUGUAUCGAUUUUUUGUGAUCGCUAUUAUGGUUAUCUUUGUAUGACCAAUGGUGCAACAUAUGCUUUUGGCAAAUACAUAUGUUCAUGGUUAUCAUUAAAACAUGAUCCGACCCGACCAAAACGGAUCAACAAUUUGAAUAAAAAGAAAAUUAUUCAAGUGGUUUCGGGCAAUUUGUUUGUUGCUAUUUUAACUUGUGAUGGGAAAGUUUAUCUGGCCAGUGGAAAUUCAGAUUGGAAAACGAACAAUACUCUCCGAUUAAUCUCCACUGGUGAUGAUUGUUAUAAAAUGAUAACAUGUGGGCACAAACAUUUGUUGAUGUUACGCCAAGAUGGUCAUCUUUUUGCCAUAGGUGAUAAUAAAUAUGGUCAAAUAACCGGAAGUUCUGAGUCAUCGUAUGAAACUCUUGUGAACAUUGGUUUAACGAAUGUCGAAAAAAUAGCUUGUGGACUAUGGCAUUGUCUUGCUUUAACGAAUUCAAAUGAAUUUUAUUCCUGGGGCAUUAACCGUAAUGGACAAUUAGGUCUAGGUGACGAAAAUGAAAGAAGAACACCAUCACUCGUUUCAUUUAAGAGUGAUUUGAUUAAUAAUCCGGUCAAAAGUAUCGUGGCCGGUGCAUUUCAUUCUUUAUUUUUACUAAAGGAUGGUCAGAUUUUCGGAUUUGGGUGUUUUCAAAAUCAAAAUGAUACUCUACCGAUAAAAAUACCUCUUGAAAAUGUUCAAAACGUGGCUUGUACAAAAAAUCUCAAUUUUUCAUUGGCUUUGAUUGAUUCAUCACAGUAUUAUGUUUGGGGUAAAGAUGAGAAUAGCUUUUGGUCACAACCUCAAAAAUUAAAUGGUCAAUUGAAAUCAUUUGCUGAUGCAUCCGCCAUGAUAUCGAAAUACUCAAUGACAUAUGGUUUAACAUCAACAAUUGAUGUAUUCGAAUCAAAAGGUUCAAUGUUGAACAGAUCAAUCACCCAACUCUUUAAUAAUCCGGAAAAUUAUGAUUUUGAAUUUAUCAUCGGCAACAAACGUAUAAUGGCAUGUAAAUCAUUUCUAAAAUCUGCAUCUCGAUAUUUUUUUCGUACAUUUUUUCGUAAUUGGAGACAAAAAGAUAGUGUAACCAUCGAAUAUUAUUCCUAUGAAAUUUUUUAUUCCUAUAUUCGAAUGUUACAUGAUGGCUAUAUUCGAAUCGAUAUGAACAAUAUUACCGAAUUAAUUGAUUUAGCACAUUUCUAUGAUGAUGAACAAUUAAUGGAAUAUUGUCAAACAUUUAUUCGUAAAAAUCUUACUCAACAAUCGAUUCAUUCACUUAUUCCAUUGAUAAUCAAUUAUAAAUUGGAUGAAUUAGAUGAUGAUCUUUAUCAGUAUGUCGAACAAAAAACUUUGCCAAAAUUUUGUGAUAAUUUACAGAUGGCCGAUGAAAAUACUUUAAAUCAAUUUUUGAAUUGGUUCUAUCAAGAGCAAACACUUUUUUGGAUAACAAAAUCCUGA